UUCAGGGCCGUGAUGAUCUACGCUUAACGUUCGAUGACGACUCUGACCGGGACGAGGCUGAGGCUAGCGAGGACGAUAUGGAGGAUGAACCCGAGGACGAGGAGAAGAAGAAAGAGGACGAGGGGGCGGAGGAUUCGGUUGAGGCGGAACCAACCAAAGUUCAAGUUCGCCAGCCUUGUAUUCUAAUAUUUGACAGUUUAGCUGGUGGAAGUAAAGCUAGAACCUGUCAAACCUUGAGGGAUUAUUUAACGUGUGAAUGGAAGGAAAGAAUGUCUGGCCAGGAACCAAGGAUAUUUAAUAAAACAAAUAUGCCCGGCUGUUCACCCAAGGUUCAGCAGCAACCAAACUUCAGUGACUGUGGUAUCUACUUACUGCAGUAUGUUGAAAGUUUCUUUAAGAGUCCCAUACUAGACUACACACUUCCUAUUACUUCCCUUAAAUCUUGGUUCCCGGAAGAAGAGGUCCGAGGGAAAAGAGCGUAUAUUGCAGAACUUAUUCGAAACCUGGCUAGCUCUCAGAACCCCGGCAAACAAUUCAGGUAUCCUGAGAUAAUGUUCCAAGGAGACCAGGAGGAGGAUAUGGACGAUGAACAAGGGGAGACCAGCAACCAGGGUUCCGUUAAGUUGACCGCUACUUCUGGAGCAACUAUGGUCCGUCUAACCGGCGGCACUUACACUUCUAUGAUGACCCAGGAUAAAUUUAGGCUCAUGGGGAAGAAAGGCAAUCAGAUGCGACCAACUCUGCCAGCUGGAGUUACAGUUACCCCCACCGGCGUUACCGUAACACCCGCCGGACCUUCUGGGGUUAAACUGGGACCGUCGGCGGUCAAGAUUAUCUCAAAUGUUACCAUUCCUAGCAUUCAGUUGGUGAACAGAAAGGUUUCCAUGGUUAGCUCUAGUUCUAGUUCUCCUCUAGAUCCUUCAUCAGCUCAGCAACAAGCAGAUUGUCAGGGGGUUCAGACUAGUCCAGAUUCUACUAGUCAUGGUACAGAACAGGGUGAAGGACUGGACAUGGAAGUAGAAAACGGAGAAGUAUGUGUUGAGGAGCAUCCUGAUUCUUCUCUCAUCCAACCAAACCUAGCGGAGGAUCAAGAUAACAAACGGAGGCUGGAGGACGCCUCCAACCUUCAGAAUAACAAGAGGAUGAAACCAGAGGAAAUCCGGCCUCAGGAAUCCAAUCCUUGAAGCCAUCCUCCAAUUAAUCUACGAGCUGUGAUUAUCUCGAGGUCACCUGGAGGUCAGUGAAGUGACCUCUCCUGUCCUCCUGAGACUGAUUUUGGUUAAAAAUGUAAAUUCAUUCUGGUUUAUUUGGACUCUUUGGCUAGAAUUUAUAUUAUUUUUCUUGUUUUAGUUCUAAUGUGAUCAUUGUAUUGUACAUACGGCGUAUCUUGUACAUCAGGAUAUAUUACGAUUAGGAACCUUCAAGUGUACUGCAGCAUUGUAAUGCACUUUAAUCUACAUUUCAUGAGGGAGAAAUGAAAACAAUUCAGUACACUUCAAGAAAUGUUUCUGGUGUAAAUCUUGGUUUUAACUUGUUUAUACUUAAUGGAUGAUAUUUUGUUAUAGUAGUAUUAUUAUUAUUAUUUACUUCAUACUGAAUAUAAACCAAUUCUUCAAUUCA